AUGAUAUUAAUAAGUUUCUUGGUAUUAAGUACAAAGAUGUUGAAUGGUUUUGAGACCAUCAAAAUGAAUCCAGCUUAUCAAUAUCAAAGGAAAUUUAUUUAAUUAACAGAAAAUGAAUAUACAACUAAUACUUGUUUGACUUAUGGAUUAUGGUCAAAGUAUAAUCCAUUAAGUACAAUUACAUAGGUAGGAAUGUAUGGAUUAUUCGAUAGUCACUGCUUUCAUUUACAUAAUGCAAUUGAAUAGAAUUCAUAAAGUUUAAAUCUUAUUUAUUAUGAUUGCUUAGACUCUGUUUCAAGAAAAAUAAUUAAAAAAAUCCUAUUUAUUAAUAAUUUAGAUGAAUAGGUUAGACUUUAAAUAGAAAUUGAUUCAUUUGAUUAUGAAAACACUUGGUAUUACUUACAAUUAAUAGCUUAUCCAUCUUAGAAUAUAUUUAAAUUGAUAUUUAUUAAAAGGUAGGAAGUUUUAUUUUAAACUAUAAAGUCAAUGAAAUAUCCAUUUAAUGAUGAAAACUUAAUCCUAUCAUUUGGAGGUAAUUUUAGAGUACAUAAUUCAAAGAUACAUGAAAUUAAAAAUGGUGAAAUAUUCUCUUAUUUUCCAGGCACUAUUAUUUUGUAAGAAUUUUCAAUUUAAAGUUUAACACUUGAUUUUGCUUUUAUUGAUAUUGCAAAUUAAGCAUAUAAAUAAUUUGAUUAAUGUAUUUGUUAACCAAAUGAGAAAUUCUUGAUUGGAGAUAAGGAUUUUAAAUAAUAAGAAUAUGACAUCUAUUUUUCUGAUAAUUUAAAUUGUGAAUCAUUUGUAUUAAUAGGUUGGAUUAAAAUUAAAGAGAUUAUUAAUCCAUCUGGAAUACUCAAUUAUUAAUUAAUGAAAAUUUCACCAAAUUUACAGAACCCAAUAUUUUAAAAUCAAAAUUUAUCGCCCUUUUAAUUAUUUUAUCAUAUAACAUCAUUAUAAAAUGAAAUAGAAAUCAUUACGUAUAGUUAUACCUUUCCUGAUGUUUCUAUUGAUUUUUAAGAUAAUCCUUUCCUAAUAAAGAAAAUAUUAUUAAUUAAAAAUAUGAUCAAUUUAUGGCAUUAUCUCAAAGUUGAAUUAUUAGAUAAUAAGUUAAUUGUAGAAAUUACAUUUUAUGAAGGUUAAGAAAUAUUCUAUUAUGAUGCUUAAUUUGAAGUUCAUCACUUUCAUAAUUGUUUAUUUAAACUCUAAUAUGGUAAUUGUUAAUAAACAUAAAUGAAUUAUUUAAACAUCUAAAUAAAAAAUUUAGAGUUUUUUAAUUGUUAUAAAGAAAUUACAACAUAAAAUUGUCAUUACAGUUGUUAUGAAUGUGAUGGUCCAACCAAUUAGAAUUGUUUGUCUUGUUCCAUUGAAUCUUAAAGAAUCUAUAUUUAAGAACAUAAAGUCUGCAUUUGUCCAUAUAAUACAAUAGAUAAUUAAAAUAAAUGUUAAACAUACGUAGAUUCAAACCUUAGAUUGAUUGAAGAUUAAAAUCUUAAUAAUAAUUAGAAUUGUUAAUAUGGAUUUUUUGAAUUUGAUGGGAAUUGUAUAUAAUGGUAAAAAAAUAAUUAAAAUUUAGUCCUUCUAUUAUUAAGGAUGAUUUUAUUAGUUGCCUAGAAUGUCUUAAUAACCCUAAAUCAUGGUUUGAAUAUCCAAUUUGCCAAAGAGUAUUAGUUAUCAAACCAAAUACAUCUUAUUAUGAGGCAUUACUUCUAUUUGGUGAUGUUUAAUAUUAUUUUGAUGGAAUAUAACUUAAUUCUAUUCAUAACACAUAUUCAUUUUCUUAUGAAACCUUAAUUACAAAUACUACAGGCAUUUAUAAAGAAUUUUAUUUGUCUUAAAAUUAUUUUAGACAAUUUUGUUAAUAAAUGGAUUUUGUUGAUACUGAUUAAUUCAUUUGUUAUGAAUGUUUCAUAAAAAGUUGUUAAAUUUGUUAAGUAACUCCUACUACUUUUAUAUGUGUAAAAUGUUAUGGUGAUUAUAAAUUAAUAAAUGAUUAAUGUAUAUUUUAACCUUCAGUAAAAGCUAAAUUUGAACUUAUUUGUUUACCACCAUAUUAUUAUUCCUUUGAUAAUUAUUGUAAAAUUUGUAAAAUCAAAAAUUGCAUAUACUGUUUUGAAUACUCUACAACUAAUUAAAAUUACUGCUCUUUAGUUAAGUUACCUAGUUUGAAUUUGAAUUUAAGGCAAAAUUUCAAAAUAGGUUGUGCACUUUGUGAAGAAAACUACAUUUUUGAUUUUACUUUAGAAUUAUGCUUAAGAUAAAUCCCUGAAAUUAUGAAUUGUCAAAGAUCUUAUAUAAAUUUUUAAAAUUAGGAAUAAUGUGUUUCAUCUAUGAAUGAUGACUUUUCUAUUGCACCAGAGAUAUCUAAUUGUUAGAAAUAUAUUGUAAAUUGUCUAAUAUGUUCUCUAAAUUUAGAUCUAUAAAUCAAAUGCAUAGUUUGUUAAAGUAAUUUCAUUAUUGAAAAUGAUUAAUGUUAUUAAAAUGAAGAAUUAGAUGUAUAGAAAAACUUAAUCUAUAAUUUACAAAAUAAGAUUCAAAGUUUUAUUCUUUAAUUUGUUCCAUAAUUGAAAUAAUAUGUAUACAAUAAGUUUUUAAAUUAAAAAAAAGUUACAGAAUGUGAUCCUUCAUGCAUUUUAUGUGAUUAAAUAAGUUCUUAUUGUAAAUUAUGUCCAUUAAAUUAUUACAAAAAAUAAAUUAUAACAGAAUCAAGCAAUAAGUGUACUUAUUGUCAUCCAUUGUGUUAAGUAUGCUUGCAUCGUUUGAAUAAAGAUAUUCAAGUAAAAAAAUAAAAUAUUAUGAAUAGCGAGACUAUCCACUUUUCAUUGUUAAUGAUCAAAACUAAAUUUAUACUAAACAAUGUAUUAAACCAUACUUUGAUCCUUCCUUUUCUUAUGAUCCUUAUUCAUAAUAUGUAAGGUAUUGUUUUACUAAAGAUUGUAAAGAUCAAUUUGUUUUUGAUGUUUCAUAUGAAUCAUGUGAUUUUACAAGAUUUAAUAGAUAUUAUGAGUCAAAAAUUAAUACUCAAUAUUGCAAUCAAAUUGGAAUUGAAAAUUUGACAAUUAAUUUCGUUCUUAAGAUCUCAAAUUAAUAAUGUUUUCUAAUUCUUCCAUUCAAUAUUCAAACAGAAUUAAAAUAAAAACUUAUAAACUUAAAAAAAGUCAACCUCAAAUUUUCAUCAUCAUAAUAUUUAGAUAUCAUUUCAUUUAAUUUUAAACCUUUUUAUAAUUUUGAUUAAGUAGAAAUUAGUAAUUUAGGAUUUGUAAUAGACUCAAACUAACAUUUUAUCUUUUAUAAUAGUAAUACUAAAAUUCAUUUAAUACUUACAAAUUUUACUAUAACAUAGAGUAUAUUAUAAAAUAUUGAUUCACUAUUUAAAACAGAAUAAUUUGGGAAUAUAACUCUAAAUAAUUUUACCAUAAUAAACACUACCCUUAUUAAUUCCUCAAUUUUUAAUUCAUAAUCGUUUUAAAUGCGAGGAUCAAUUAAUAUAAUAAAUUUAUAAAUUAAAAAUUGUACAUUUAUAGAAUCAGCAUUAUUUAAAUUAUCCUAAAUUGAAUCCUUAUUAUCUUAUAAAUAUCUUAUUAUAGAUAAAUCUAAUUUAAUAAACUCAUCAAUUUUUACCUUUUACACUAGUUAUCCAUAAUUAAGAAUUUUAAAUGGAUUAAAUACCAUUAUAAAAAAAAAUAAAUUCUAUAACUCUUAUUUAAUAAAUAGUACAUAUUUAAUAUAAGUAAAUUUAUAAGAUUUUCAAUUAUAUUCAAAUCUUAUAGAUACAUCUAUUAUUAUAUCAGUUAACUAUAAUAUUAAAAUGAAUAUGAUAAGUAUAUAUUAAAAUGUAUUUACUUUUUCAUAAUUCCUUUCAAUUAAUUAGAUAUUAUUAAAGAAUGAAAUUCUAUGUAAUAUUAUUGAUUUUGAAGCUAAUCAAAAUCAAUUUUAGACAUCAAGUUUAAUUUUGAUAUUUUCAACCUUAUCAACUAAUUUUCUUAUAAUUAAAUUUUCACACUUUUCAAUUAAUAAUAAUAGCAAAUAUUCUACAGCUAAGCAAAUAUUUUUAAUUAGAUUCUAAAAAAAGAAAUUAAAUAAAAAAAGUCAUGUUCCAAUAAUGAUAAUGGUAAAAGUCAAUUGUUUUGCAUGAAUAGUAAAGAAAUUCAUAUAUCAAAUUUCUUAAUUAAUGAUAAUGAUGAUCUAAUAAUAUUUUAAUUGUCUGAAAAUAAGAAUAUAACUAUUGUAAAUAUUAUAUAUUAACACUCUAUUCAAAAUUUUAAAAUUCCUUUAUCAUAAACUUGUUUAACAAAAAAUAAAAAAAACAAAUUACUUUAAGUUUUUGGAUUUACUAAUAUUUAUAUUGAGAAUGUAUAUAUCUUAAAAAUUAUCAGUGUUGAUGAACCUAUAAUAUAGAUUAAUCCAAGUUACUAAAAUUUAUCAUAUGAUAUGAAUUAGAUAGAGAUUAUUAAUCUUACAUUUGCUGAAAAUAUUCUCAUCUAAUCAACUUUAAAUAAUUACAUCUCUUUAUUAAUAAUUGAAUAAGAUAAUAGAGUAAACAUACUACUAGAAAAUAUCAAAUAUGAAGAAAACUUUUUACAUUCAUAUUCUAGUAGUGCAAUAAGGACAACUAUUAGUUUAUUAUACAUUUAGUCUUCAUUAAGUUAACUAAAAAUAUAGAAUUUUCUUAGUAAGAAUAAUGCACUCACCAAUUCUACAAAUUCAUUUAUUACAGUAAUGUCAUUUAAUUUAAUCCUAUCUAAUUUUACAAUAUGUAACCAUAACUAUUUAUCAUAAUAAUUGUGGGUUAAAUAUUAUGAACUUUAAUUCAAUGACAAUCUGAAUUAAGAUAAUUUAAAUGAAAUCGUUUUCUAAAUUUUAUAAAUAAAGAAUACUGGAGGAGUAGGAUAAUUUUUAGUUUAAAAUUUAUCUUGUUUUAAUUGUACAUUUUCUAAAAUUCUUGCUAUGUAAAGCUUAAUUUUUGAGAUUACAACUACAGAAGAAGGUUUUAUAGAUUUAUAAAAUAUUACAAUAAAUCAAGUAGAAAAUAAUCUAUUAUCAACUGAAAAAGGCACAGGAUGUUUUAGCAUUUAUUCAUCAAACAGUAAAUUAAAUCUUAGAUUAGUAAAUGCUUUUUUAUCAAAUAUUUUAAAUAGGAUGGCUUCUUCUAUAUUCACUAUUAUACCUUCAAAAUAAUCUAAUAUUAUUUUAUUAUAAGAUACUAAUAUAUUAAAUUGUCUUUCAUUAGUCAAUUAAAUAAUGAAUGUAUAAUUUUCAUCAUUAAUAGCUAAUAAAAAUAUUAUUACAAUUAAAAAUAUGAAAAUAAUUUAAAAUUAUUAAGUAUGGAUAGAUUAUUUUGCUAAAAUUAGAGAUUUAUACAUUUAAGAAAUAACAGAUACUAUAAAUAAUUAAAAUUCUUUAAUUUCAUUUCAAAAUUGUAUUGUCUUGAUUAAGGAAUUUGUUAUAGAAGGGCUCAUUAUUAAUUCUGUCUUUCAAUUUGCAAAUAUACCCAAAUUAUAACUAUAUAAUAUUAAAUUAGAUAAAAUAUAAGUAUUAUAUUCAUUCAAUCUAAUUUAAGUAAUUUAACUUUAAUAAUUAUAAUCAAUUAUUGCAAUUGAUAAUCUAAGUAUAAAAAAUAUUUCACUUUAUUAAAAUAAUUUGAUUUAAUAAUCAACUUAUUAAUAACAAACUUAUAACAUAAGAGGAUGUAAAAUAGUUUAAUAAUAUAUUGAAAAAUAUUAACGAGAUUAUUUUUAGACUAUUGUUAGUUCUUUUCAAUAAAAUAAUGAUAAAGAAAGUUCACUCAUUUAUAUAUAAAGUAUUUCUAAUUUGAAUGGAUUCUAUUUUCGAGAUGUUACAUUUGAACAUAAUGAUUGCUAAUAAUGUUAAAACGGUCUAAUCUUUUUUGAAUUAUCAGAUUUUAAAUUUAUUAAAUUUGAGAAAUUCAAUUGCAAUUAUAAUUAAAUUAAAAUGUUUGGAUGCUUACAUUUCUCAUCUAAUACAUAUCUUAAAUAAAAAAUCUUAAUUGAGAAUUCUAAUUUCCUAUUUAAUAAUGGCACUCAAGGUAUUGGUAUAUUUUCAUAAAAAGUGAGUCUAAAAAUUAAAUAAUGCAAAUUAAUUAACAAUAGUGCUGAGGAUUUGGGAGGAGGUUUAUAUAUGUAAAUUGAAUCUUGUGAUUUUAUUGUUAAUAGAACAAUCAUUAUAGGAAAUAUAGCUAGAAUAGGAGGUGGUAUAUAUUUAGAUGGUAACUGCAAUCUAAAUAAUAAUAAUUUUUUAUCAUCCUUAUUACUUUUCAAUAUUGCUUAAGAAUAUGGGAAUAAUAUCAUAGAGAUUCCAACUCAUUUAGCUUUUUACAUUAAUUAUAUGGAGAAUCCUUCACAAUUUGUUAAUAUAAACAAUUAGUAAAUAAAUAUAUUACAUUUAAAAACAUACAGAAUGAUUGAAUAAGGUACUUAAAUUUUUAUGAAAGAUUUAUUAAUUCCAAGUAAUUAGAUUAUAAAAACUUUUUAAAUUUUUGACAUUCAUUAAUCAAAAUAUAAACCUUUUAUAAAAGAUAUUGUUUUAUCUUAUAAAAACAGUAGAAAUGAAGCAAUGCAUAAGUAUAUCAAUUCAUCUUGUACGGUUUAGAAUAAAAUAAUAACAAAAGACAAAUAAGAAAUAGUAGACAAACAAGUUAGUCAGAUUUUAAUUUUUGAUAUUUUAACAAAUUCUUUUGAUUUUGGAUCACUAUCAUUUAGUUUAGAUCCAUAUAAAUAAGAGUUCAAUUAUUUAUAAAUUGAUAUAAGUUGUUAAUUAAAAGAAUCAAAUAAUACUUUAAAAUAUAGAAUAUAUACAAAGAGUCUGAAAUGUUAACUUGGUGAAUUUUAUGUUAAUAAUGGAUGUCAAAUAUGUUAACAUAAUUAAGGUUAUUAUUCAGUUACAUACAAUGCAACAAAGUGUUCUAUAUUUGAUAAAAGUAAAUACUCUGAUAUUACUUCAAAUAUGAUUAAAUUACUCCCUGGAUUUUGGAGACCUAAUAAUUUUUCUGAUUAUAUAGAACCUUGUUUCAAAAAUCCAUUAUUUUGUAUUGGAGGAUGGUAGGUUGGUGAUUAGACAUGUAGUUUUGGACAUAUAGGUGCUUUAUGUGAAGAGUGUGAUAUGUAUAACAUAAGAGGAUUAGGUAAUUUUUAUAAAAACUAAUGGGAUUAAAAUUGUAGAAAAUGUUAAUUUGAUUGGAGCAGUAUAUUUCCAUUUAUGCUAAUAAGUCUUUGGUAUAUUGUUUUUUAUUAAUGAUAGGACUUUUAUAUCUAUAUCAAUGUCAUUAAGAAGUAUCUCUAAAUCUAAUUAAUUAUAUUCAUAACUAAUAAUUGCUUAAAGAUUUAGCAAAAUAUUAUUUAAAUUAAAUUAAGGUAAAUAAUAUUUAAUAAAAUUACAUUAGAUCAAUAAAGCAUAUAAUUAAAAAUGUUGAUCAAUUAUUUGUGGAUUUAUUCAGUCAUUUUUACAUUUAAUAUUAGAUUUUCAUUUUCUCUUCUUUUUAUUGAAUAAACAAGUGAUACUUCAUAUUUCAUAGCCAAGGAUUUAGACUGUUAUAUAUCUUCUAUUUAAAGUGUUCAUAUUUUAUAUUUAAAAAUAUUCACAAUGUUAAUCUUAAUGAUUAUACUAUUUAAUCUAGUUAUUGCAGGAGCAUAUUUACAUACUUUAAUAACUAAACAAAAGCAUGAUAUAAGUAUCUUUUCAAACACUGCACUUUAUUUGUAUGUAUUUAAUUAUGCAGGAUUGAUUAAAAUGUAUAAUAUUUAAAAUGAAAAGGUUUUCAUCUGCGCUUUCGAAACGAGAAGUAUCAAAUCACAAUUACAUUUAGGGAGAUGUAUCCUUGUAAUAUGGUUCAUAAAUUCAUUAAAAGUGGAUGUAUUAUUUUAUUAUUCCUGGUAUAUUUAUAAUUGGUGUAUUUAUACCUAUUUUUAUAUAUAUUCUAUUGAUGUUAAACAAAAAUAAGUUAGAUAAAAUUAAAUUAAGGAAACAUAUUUGUUAUUUAUUAAAUGAAUAUAAAUAAGAAAGAUAUUAUUGGGAAUUAAUCAAAUUAUUUAAAAAAUCAAUUAUUAUUUUUAUUAUGACAAAUUUUGAAACUGAAAUAGUUUUAAAAGCAUCAUUAUUAGGAUUGGGUUUAUUAAUAUAUUAAAUAUUGGCAAUUUUCAAUAAACCAUUUACUAUUUAAAAAUAUAAUUCUUUAGAUUUAUAAACAGCCCAAAUUUGCUCAAUUUCUAUAUUUUUAGCACUUACUAAAAGUAUUUGUGAAUAGAAAAAUUAUAUAUUGCCUUCUAUUCUGAUUCAAAUGUUUAUUAUUGGAUGCUUUAUCAAACUUUGUUACCCUUUUGUUUUUGGAAUUGCAAGAAACUAUUUUAAAAAGUAUCAAUUCUUUUAUUUGAAUAAAUUACAUUUCUUUCUUAAUUUGAAAGUACCUAAUUUCUAUUUCGCAAUAAUUUUAGGAAAGUUUUUGGAAAAAGAAAAAUUAAGAUAAAACAAACUUAAGAGUAACAUUGCCAAAUUGAAGAACCAUUUAAUCUUUUUAUCAAAAGUAUAAUUGAGAAAUUCAAGGUAAAUAUUAACAAAUAUUACUUAUAGAUAAAUAAUAUCCCCACAAAGUUCAAGAAUUUUAAGUACAAAAUCAAGUAGAAUUGGAGUUGAAAAAGUAUUUUUUAAUAAUGUUGAAGAAUAUGAAUCUAAUAAAAGAUGA